AUGGGCAAGAAGAAGGCAGAGCCAGAUCGUCCCAAGCAGCCGCGAGCGCCAUUUGUCUCCUCUCGUCAGUGGCGCCGAUUUCGUAAGUGCACGCUCUGGCUUCUGGUGCCGAUUUCGGCCGCCUUGGCGCUCACCUUCUUCGGGCCACCUCCUCCGCCCGAAGCGGAUGCGACCCGGCCCUAUGAGGCUCGCUCCUCCGGUUUCGUGCGACCUCCAGAGCCUCAGGACCUCGGCCCUCCGGACUCGUGGCUAAACCCGGCCGAGUGUCUGGCAUGGGCGGGCAGUGGGCAGUGCAAGUCCAACCCGGGCUUCAUGCUCAUCAACUGCAACCACAGCUGCGCCAAGCUCGACCUUGGCAAGCGGCAGUACGCCGCGCGCUGCCCGACACCUGCGAACCACACGGCCGCACUGCCGCCCGGCGUGAUGCACGCGACGUUUGAGCGCGUGAUGAGCGAGUUUGCGGAGCUGCAGCCGGAGCGCAUCUCGGUGGACCCGCCGGUGAUCUUGUUCCACAAGUUCUUCUCGGAGGAGGAGACGGAGGCGUUCAUCCGGCACGGCCGGGGGCGAUACGCCAAGUCGCUCGGGAUCGGCAGCCGAGAGUAG